AUGGCGAAUAUUCUUGGCCUUGUAGGUGUAGGAGUUUCUGGACUCGCUCUUCUCUUUGCUAUACUUGCUAUGUCGUUGACAUACUGGGAAACUGCAAAUCCAGGCGGAGUAUCAGAUGUUACCAUUGGAAUAUGGGAAUAUUGUGUUGAAACAAACGGCAACAAAGUAUGCACUACGAUUGACUCGGACUCAGUUACAGAUGAUGAAGAACUAAGAGAUUACCAAGGAGUGCGGGCGACAGUAUUUCUUGGAAUAAUAUUUACCACAAGUGCAAUCGUAUCAGCGAUCUUAGUGCUGUUUGUUCUGACAACCAAGAACAUUCUAUAUUUUGUAGCGGCUGGAAUCGAUGUAGCUGCAGGUCUUUUCUUGAUGAUUGCGAUGGCUGUGUAUGCUGGCGGAGUCGCACAUGAUGGAUACGACCUUCAUGCAUGUUUUGCAUUGGAUAUCAUUGCCUGGCUUGCAGCAUGGGUUGGCGGAGGAUUUUUUGUAGGAGCUAAACUUGCUGAAAAACAAUAA